GACGCAUCGGAUUCAUACAUCCAUAUAUCCAUAUCUCCGUCCUUGUCCGCCAGAUAGACAGACGAUGUUUGGCGGCUUUCGUUCUGUGCUCCUUGGGUCCCUCUGUGUGGCUGCCACUGUCUCAUCGGCAUCACGACGACCGCUCGGCUUCAUCCCUCAGCAGAGCGCUCAUCGCGUCAGCAGAUCUAUCACUCCGCACAAACAUCGCCCAUCACACCCAUCGCAUCCGCCUGACCUCCGCAGCAGCGGCUCUCUGCUUCAUUCACCACCUACUGACCCCUACAGCACCAGCAGUAGCAGCAGGAGCAGCAGCAGGAGCAGCAGCAGGAGCAGCAGCAGCACCGGCAGGGGGCUGACGCGUCUGCAAGCAUCGUCGAUGGCGGACCUGCAGGAGUAUCUGAAUGUCAACCCCUGGUCGGUCAGCGCCGAGGACAUUGCGGGUCAGCUGUUCGCCGCCUCUCUCUUCCCGUACCUGGCCUUCCUGUGGUUCCUCUCUCGCCCCGAGACGCGGAUGCCGAGGCUGGCCAACUUCGGCUUCCAGUUCUUGCUGGUGUUUGUGGGCAUGACCAUUCCCGCUGGCAUCCUUGCCAAGGUCUGGUACAACGAGAAGCUCGCCAACGUCGACUACCUCCACGGGGGCGCUGAGUCGUUCCUCACCGUCACCAACCUGCUCAUCGUUAUCGGCAUGCGCCAGGCCAUUGUUGACGAGGUGCGGCAGCAGCAGCAAGUGCAACAGGGAGUGACGGCGACAGUGAGUGGGGAGAAGGGCGACUGGGCUGAGGUGACGGCCUCGGCUGUGCUUGGGAGGGUGGACAGCAAGGGCGGAGGGAGGAGGCUGGAGAGCUCGGUGGUUGCGGGUGUGGCUGUGCUGCUGGGCGCCUUGUCGGUGUUUUCUGAUGCGCACCCUGAGCCGUGGAACGCCUUGUCGUUGCCGACGUGGGCCAUCCACGUGUCGUCGCUGGUGGAGUGGCUGAUCGCCAUGGGGCUGAUAUGGCAGUACGCCGAUGUGCGAAGGAAUCCCGCUUGGAAGGGGCUCACAUGGGGGUAGGAUACGCCCACCGGGCACACAAACACAGGUGCAGGGAGCGGGUGGAUGUGUGUGUGUGUGUGUGUCAGCAUGUUGCCGCUUCAUUCGAGUGGCAUCUGCGCGUGCACGUACCACUUCUUCUACAACGCCAGCCAACUUGACUUCCUCGUCGGGCUGCAGGUCGGUGGAUGAGAUGGUGCCAAGACGAAGACAAGACGCAUACCUUGACAGACAGACAGACAGACAGACAGAAAGACACCGCAGUGUCUAUCGCUUCCUUCCCCUAUGUGUGCAGGCCUUCCUGACGGUCGUGGGAGACACAACCUGCGCCCUCGCUGCCUGGCGGAUAUGGCAAUCGGAGAAAAACCUUCCGACGCCCGCCACCGACACACAUCCACAAACACAACCACAGCCACAACCACAGCCGCAACCACAGCCGCAACAAGCCUCACGACUGCCGGGUAAGUCGAGGCGAGCGAAGGAGGGAGGGAGGCGCCACUCCAACACACCACCCACACACACGUGGCUGUGGUUCGUGUGUGUGCUAUGCAGACGGCGCGACCGUCGCCCAGUACAGUGGUGGAGGUGCGGGCGGGGGGAGCCCUUUGAAGGGGUGGGAGGACCUGGGUGAGCUCUUCGGGCAGGACUCCAACCUCAGCUUCGGCCUCAAACUCGCAGCCAUAUCCGUGGCAGUGUCCGCCGCGGUCAAAUACGGCGAGGUAGGUUAGCGGGAGGGAGACGGCCGAUGGACUGUCUCACACGAGAUGGACCGUCUAAGCGUGAAAGUGAUGUGUGUGUGCGUUUGCUGUGUGUACAGUUGUAUCUUGACCUGCCCUUCUCCCCGUCCCUCACCCCGGCGCUGGCCAUCAUCGGCGUGCCGACACUUCUCAACAGCGUCAAGUGGGCCUUGCGGAGCAGAAACAGCAGCGCCGACCUGCCCUUCUGACGGUCCACACAUGCAUGUGCCGCUUUUCUUCCCCGGAGAGGGGUAUUUUUCGUGUAAACCGGUGUGGUGCUUUCUUUGUGUGGGGGAUGGAUGGAUGGGUGGGGGGUGACGUAUGAGGGUGAGAUUUUGAGCCUCUCUCUCCAUCGGGAUCUCUACUGAGAGGCGAUGGAUGGAGGUAUUGAUGCCGUGUGAGAGGUGGGGCUUUUUCCAUGUGGGUGCACUGCGACCGACCGCUUUGGUCUGGACAUUGUUG